GAGGCGGACCUACACUCGUCAGCCUCUGCUUUGAAAGCCGUUCAGCUGCGCACCAGUGACAACUGUCUAUCGCUCUUCUUUUGAGUUUUAUCAGAAUUUUAUCGUGAUGGGAUCUAUUUUCAUAUGGUGAUUUUAGAAAUAAAGAGUGCGCACAGUGCACAGAUAUACAAUGUUUGUGCUGCUGUCAAUGGUGCUGUGCGUUCAGACCGCUGUGAGCUCUCCAAUCUCCACAGCUGCUCAGGGUUUUCUGGAGCGAUAUGGAUACCUGCAAAAGGAGAAUGAAACUCAUCAUACAGCUGAAGUCAAGUCUGCCAUCAGAGAGUUUCAGUGGUUCUCUCAGCUACCUGUCACUGGAAGGCUGGACAGUGCCACUCUGGAGAAGAUGACAUCUGCCCGCUGCGGAGUUAAAGACAUUGGUAGCCGUAGUUCCUGGAGCCAAAGGGUUAACAGUAUCUUCACAGGCCGUUUGGGCAGGCAUAGGCGGCAUGAGCAGCAUCUCCGUAAGAAGCGCUACAUUCAGACAGGAGAGAAAUGGCACAAACGUCACCUCACCUAUCGUAUCAUGAACUGGCCACGGAGUCUUUCUCCCAGUCAAGUGCAUCUGGCGGUGGACACAGCAUUCCAGCUCUGGAGUAAUGUGUCCGGGCUGCUCUUUCAGGAGCUCCAGCAGGGUCCCACCGACAUCCGGCUGGCCUUCUUUGAAGGGGAACAUAAUGAUGGGAUGGGAAAUGCAUUUGAUGGGCCAGGUGGCACUCUGGCUCAUGCAUUUUUCCCAUUCCGCGGUGAAGCUCAUUUUGAUAUGUCUGAACGCUGGACCCUGAAUAGUCUUAAGGGACACAACUUGUUCCUUGUGACGGCCCAUGAAAUUGGCCACACUCUGGGUUUGGUUCAUUCACCUGUUCGUCAUGCACUCAUGUCACCAUACUAUAAGAAGAUUGGUUCUAAAGCGAUGCUCAGCUGGGAUGACAUCACUGCGAUACAACAACUGUAUGGUAAACCACCUGGGGAUACAAUAAAGCAGCUUGCGGGACGGGCUCUGAGAUGGGCCAUGCAGGAUUGGCAGAUUUCUCAAGAUCAUAAGGGAGGUUCCCUCACACCCCACUACUGCCAGGGUUUCUUUGAUGCCAUCACCAUGGAUGAGAAUGGGACAGUGCUGGUGUUUCAGGGCCAUAAUUUCUGGACGGUAUCUAAUGGCAGUGUGAGCGAUCCUCUUCCACUUCAGACACGCUGGCCGCAGCUGUCAUUGGCUGUUGAAGCAGCCGCCUUCUCACCACUGGACAGCAAACUCUACUUCUUUAAAGGAAGACGGAUGUGGCGUUACUCAGGCUCUGAUCUGGACCCUGGAUUCCCCAAGAAGAACAGUGAAUUGGGCUUACCGAAGCACCCUGACUGCACCUUCUUCUACCAGCCCCUGGGCCAUAUGGUGCUCUUCAAAGGGUCCCGCUACUUUGUCCUGAAUCUUGAAUCUCUUAGCAUAGAGCCGUACUAUCCUCGUUCUCUGAGGGACUGGAAGGGUAUUCCACAUGGGGUAAAUGGGGUCUUGACUCGGCCAGACGGAAAGCUGUAUUUCUUUAAGGAGCAGCAGUACUGGAGGUUUGAUCCUGGGAAGGUGCGCAUUACUGCGACUGGACAGUGGGCAAAGAGGCUGCAAUGGACUGGCUGCCACAGAACUCCAUCAUUACAGGGUAUGCAGUAUGCAAACUUUCCAUAUGCAUCGAACACCAGGAUUCCAGGAUGAUCUGACAUUUGGCAGGAUGUGUCGUAUUCAACCAGAGCAGACUGCAUGAGAUCAUUUGACAACAACAAAACCUGUUUUAAAUGCUAUUAUUUGAAAAAAAAAAAACACUAUUCACUAAGCAGUACUCCAGCAGUAUUCCUAGUACUACUAUUCCUUUCUAAACACAGCCUGCCUGUUUGCACAGAACAUCAAAGGUUUCAGUGUGUGUUGUGAUUAAACCGAUACAAACAUUGCAUCAUCAACAAUUCCAAUGGCACUUAAACUAUUCACAAAAUGCUCAUUUGUAUUUGCUAAUGUUUUUCUUGUGGAGUCCAUUGAGUGCAUGCCAUCAUUAAAGCUAAAGGGGGUCAUACCAAAUGAAAAGAAGUUCUGGAAUUUUCAAUGUCAACUUUUUGUUUAACAAUUCAUCUCACUGAAAUAGUUACGUGGAUCAUAGAAUUUAUAUUGAAAAAUCUAUAUUAAAAUGUUAAAUAGAAGCAUUUUCAAACAUGAGGUUUGGGGGUUGGAGUUUGGGGCUCAUUUUAGGAGUUCGGGGUUCGUUUUAGGAGUUCGUAACAGCUUGCCAAAGUGAACUUUAUGAAAAAGUUUGCUCCAGCUGAUGGUAAACACCUUUGUACUAGCAGUGGUCCGUGGCAAUAUGCAAAUCAUGGUUUAUAUAGUGUCAUCCUCCAGGUAUGUGUCUCUGAGGCUCUGCCUUCUUUGACAUGUAAAUCUUCUCCAGUUCAUUUAUUCUGGUCAGUUUGUCGAGUUCAGACACGAGAAAAAACAUGAACACACUGCUUUAUAGUAGUAAAUGAAGUUGUAAUUCUAAUUGAAAGACACACUGACAGUUUUUCCAUGUUUAAUACUGUAAAGCUGCUUGCUUUUAAGCAAUCUAUUGUAUAAAGUGCUGUAUUAAUAAACGUUACAUUACUUUA